AUGGCAGAUCCUUCUAACUAUGUCAAUCACGAGCGUGACGUCGAUCAAGCACUCAUUGCUUUGAAAAAAGGAACUCAAUUACUUAAGUAUAGCCGGAAAGGGAGGCCUAAAUUUCGAUCAUUCAGACUUUCGCCGGAUGAAACAACAUUGAUUUGGUUCUCACACGGAGAAGAAAAAGGUUUGAAGUUAUCGACAGUUUCGCGAAUUCUUCCUGGACAAAGAACUGCGGUUUUUCGAAGAUAUUUACGUCCGGAAAAAGAUUACUUAUCAUUUUCUCUCAUAUAUCACAACGGAGAUAGAUCUCUUGAUCUGAUUUGCAAGGAUAAAGCUGAAACAGAGGUUUGGUUUGCAGGUCUUAAGUCUAUCAUUAGACAAAACCGUAAUAAACACGCAAGAAGUGAGAUCCCUGAGAUACAUGACAGUGAUUGUUUCUCCACUGGUCGUCCUUCAACUGCAUCUAUAGAUUACAUACCAAACAAUACUCGACGAGGAAGAACAUCAGUUGACUUAGGACCAUAUAACUCUCCAACCAAUUUUGGAAGCUCAGAUGUGGUUUCAGAACGUGGAAGCAUGCUAAGACCAAGUACUGAUGGUUUUCGGAUUAGUGUCUCAAGCACACCAAGUUGUUCAAGUGGUUCUGGUCCUGAUGACAUAGAGUCAUUAGGUGAUGUUUAUGUAUGGGGAGAAGUUUGGAGUGACGCGGCGAUAUCAUUCGAUGGGAUUGUAACCUCCAAAACCGUGAGAACAGAUGUAUUGAUUCCAAGACCCUUGGAAUCAAAUGUUGUUCUUGAUGUUCAUCAGAUUGCUUGUGGUGUAAGGCACAUCGCGCUUGUGACAAGACAAGGUGAAGUCUUUACAUGGGGAGAAGAAGCUGGAGGAAGACUUGGACAUGGUAUUCAAGUCGAUGUUAGUCAUCCAAAGCUUGUUGAGUUUCUUGCUCUUACCAACAUAGAUUUUGUAGCUUGUGGUGAAUAUCAUACUUGUGCGGUCUCUACCUCUGGAGAUUUGUUUACUUGGGGAGAUGGAAUCCACAACGUUGGUCUUUUAGGACAUGGUAGUGAUCUUAGUCACUGGAUACCAAAAAGAGUCUCUGGUCCGGUCGAAGGACUUCAAGUAUUGUCUGUGGCUUGUGGCACGUGGCAUUCCGCGUUUGCGACAGCUAAUGGAAAGUUAUUCACUUUUGGUGAUGGAGCAUUUGGUGUUCUUGGACAUGGAGAUAGAGAGAGUGUUUCUUAUCCUAAAGAAGUGAAAAUGUUGAAUGGCCUUAAGACUAUGAAAGUAGCUUGUGGUGUGUGGCAUACAGUUGCUAUAGUUGAGGUUAUGAAUCAGACCGGUACAAGUAUGUCAUCUAGAAAGUUGUUUACUUGGGGUGAUGGUGAUAAAAACAGAUUAGGACAUGGGAACAAAGAGACUUACUUGCUUCCAACUUGUGUCUCUUCACUAAUUGACUACAAUUUCCACCAAAUUGCUUGUGGUCAUACAUUGACAGUUGCACUCACAACCUCAGGACAUGUUUUCACUAUGGGAGGGACAUCACAUGGUCAGCUCGGUAGCUCAGGCUCCGAUGGUAAAUUACCUUGUUUGGUUCAAGAUCGGUUGGUUGGUGAAUUCGUUGAAGAAAUCGCUUGUGGAGAUCAUCAUGUGGCUGUAUUAACAUCUAGAAGUGAAGUAUUCACUUGGGGAAAAGGCUCUAAUGGAAGACUAGGACAUGGAGACACCGAUGACCGAAAAUCGCCAACAUUGGUUGAAGCUCUUAAAGAAAGGCAUGUGAAGAGCAUAUCAUGUGGCUCUAACUUUACAUCAAGCAUAUGCAUCCAUAAGUGGGUCUCAGGAGCUGAUCAAUCAGUUUGCUCUGGUUGUCGUCAAGCAUUUGGUUUUACAAGAAAGAGACAUAACUGCUAUAACUGCGGUUUAGUACAUUGUCAUGCUUGUAGUUCCAAGAAAGCUUUGAAAGCAGCAUUAGCUCCAACUCCAGGGAAGCCGCAUCGUGUAUGUGAUGCUUGUUACACUAAACUUAAAGCUGGAGAGUCGUCUGGUUAUAACUCUAAUGUUGCUAAUAGAAAUGCCACAACUCCUAGUCGGUCACUAGAUGGCUUGGUAAGACCGGACAGAGAAACAAGAUCGUCAAAGAUUUUGUUGUCUCCAAAAACUGAACCAGUUAAGUACUUUGAGGUAAGGUCAUCAAGAUCUGAAUCUUCUAUUGUUAGAGCCUCACAAGUUCCAGCUCUCCAACAGCUUAAAAAUGUUGCAUUCCCGAGCUCGCUUAGCGAAAUUCAAAAUGCUUUUAAACCCGCUUCCUCGCUGUCCUCAAGUACAAGAUCAUCGAGAAAAUCGAGCCCUCCACGAAGUUCUGGAUUUUCUAGAAGUGUGGUAGAUAGUUUGAAGAAGACAAAUGGUGUUAUAAACCAAGAAAUGACAAGAUUACAAAACCAGGUUAAAAAUCUGAAACAGAAAUGUGAUAACCAAGGUUCAGAGAUACAAAAAUUAAAGAAAACAGCAAGAGAAGCUUCUGAAUUAGCUGUGAAGCAUUCUUCAAAGCAUAAGGCAGCAACAGAGGUCAUGAAAUCUGUAGCUGAACAUUUGAGAGAGUUAAAAGAGAAACUACCACCUGAAGUAUCUAAAUGUGAAGCUUUUGAAUCCAUGAAUUCUCAAGCCGAAGCAUAUCUAAACGCGAGUGAAGCUUCUGAAACAUCUUUACCUACAACUUUGAGAAUGUUUCAACAAGACACAGCCCUUUCUACAAACACACAAGAUCAAAAAAUUCAAGAACAAUCAUCAUCUGAUGGAGGUACCAUGAUGUCUCAAGAACCUUCAAACACACAAGAGACAACAUCUAAACCAAUGGAUUCAUCAAGAUUACCAACAGAAGCUUCAUCGUCGUCGUCUAAAACUGGAGGCAAAGAACUUAUUGAACAAUUUGAGCCUGGUGUUUAUGUUACUUACGUAUUACACAAAAACGGUGGAAAGAUCUUUAGAAGAGUUAGAUUCAGUAAACGGAGAUUCGAUGAGCAUCAAGCAGAAGAAUGGUGGAGUAGCAAGAAAGAUAGGUUACUUAAGAGAUAUAGUCAUCAUGUUUCAUCAUCAAGUCCAAGAGCUUUUGAUUCAGUUCCUACUGUACCAACUCCAAUUCAACCACCAGCUUCUCCUAAACAACCAAAUUCUGAUCAAGCAGAGGAUUCAAAAGAAGCUCUUGAAAGCUAG